CAGUUCAUCAAGUGCCUUCUUCACCUCACUAACACUCAUGGCUUGUUGAAGACAUUAGUGGUGUAAACUCGAGAAGUGAAACAAUUAAUUUUGCUCUGAAAUUAAGGAUCGAAGCCUCAUUCAUUCUUUUUCAUUUCAAUGACUUUUUAAAAUACUAUAUAUCGUAAAAAUGCUGUCGAGUAUGCAUCCGAAUGGAUUAGUAUGUGUCACAUUCCGAUCUCUGAGCAAAAUAGCUCGCAAUCUACACUACUCAAGAAGGAGAAAAAACACUAUCAACCCCGAACCGGUGGAGGAAAAGAAGAUUGAUAUUGAAGGAAUUGACAUCAACUACGUGCAAGUUGGAACUGGACCACAUCACAUUCUGCUUACACCUGGUGCUUUAGGUUCCAUCUGGACAGAUUUUAAACCUCAAAUCGAUCAUUUGAACAAAUCGAAGUUCACGCUGGUGGCUUGGGACCCGCCCGGUUAUGGAAAAAGUCGCCCACCGAAGAGAAGUUUUUCUCCUGGUUUUUAUUACAGAGAUGCAGAUUUUGGAGUUAAAUUGAUGGAGAAAUUGGGAAUUGGAAAUUAUUCUUUGUUAGGUUGGAACAAUGGUGGUACAUCAUCAAUAAUUAUGGCUGCAAAACAACCAAGCAAAGUCAUGAACCUUGUUGUGUGGGGUUCGUACACCUACAUUACAGAAAAUGAAGCUAUAACUUUAAAAGGUUUUCGAGAUCACACGUUGAUUCCGCCUAGAUUGAAAAAUCCGUAUAUUGAUUUGUACGGGGAAGAGCAUUACGACGAGUUGUGGACAAAGUGGAUAGAUGCAACAAUAGCUGGAUAUAACAGUGAAACAAAAGGAGAUAUUUGCACUCAUCUCCUUCCAAACAUUAUAUGCCCUACGUUAAUUCUACAUGGGUGGAAAGAUAUAAAUAUUUCUAUGGAACAUUAUCAAUUUUUAGCAAAUUCCAUCCAAAAUGCAAAAUUCUUUACAUUUGAAGAAGGAAAGCACUACUUGCAUUUGCAGUUUUGGAAAGAAUUUAAUCGAAUAAUAGAAUACUUUUUAUUAAAGGAAUAGAAUGGUAAUGUAUAGCAACAAUAUUAAAAAAUAAUGCAACUGUUUGUAAGAUUCAGUUACGAUUAUAUUUUAUUUAAAUGAUAUCUUCAUAUUAAAACAAUGUACUACAGCACAGUGCUCUUCAGUUUAAUGUGAAUUUACCCCUUUUUAUAUUGUUAAAACAAUAAAGAAAUUACAAGUAAAAAACUAGUAAAUGA